AUGCUAGUGGAUUUGCCUGCGGCGCAGUUCUUAGUCAAGAAUAUGAAGGCAAACAAUUACCAAUUGCCUAUGCGUCAAGAGCAUUCACAAAAGGUGAAAGCAAUAAAGCUACAAUUGAAAAAGAACGUCUUUCGCGUGCUAACGAAUUCCAAAUUCAUCACUAUCGAUCCAAAAUAUGAAUAUGGCAACAAUGCUACGCUGUCGCCCUCUCAUCAAAAGAUACGCCUCCCCGCUGGCGGGCUGUGGAAAACUAAUGAAAAUAAAUCCAAUGUUUCCAGAGAGCAAGAAAGAUGUCUGCAAUCCGGACAGGAAAAUGUGAAGCUAGACAAAACGGCGAAGAGAGUUCAGUACACAGACAGCCAAGGACCGGUAAAAUGCAAUAAUGAACGAAUUUACCGCCUUUUAGAGCACAAUUGUUAUGAAAAAAAAUCCACAAAAAUGCCAACAAAAUGCCGCAUUGUAUGUCCACGAGAGCAUGCGACUAUUGAAAAGAAAUCCGAGCGAAGAAGGGAGAGGGAAGUAAAGAAGGAAAGGAAGAGAGAACCAAGAGGGCCAUCAAAAGAUCGUGAACAGUUGCGUAGAGAGUUAGGAAAUGAGCCGGAAGAGAGGGAAGUGCCAGCGCCCCUGCUAGUUCCACCAGCAGCCAAGAAGCCGCCAGGUUGCGUAGACAAAUCGGUUGACAAGACUGAUGAACUGCAAGACGGCGGCGCUGGUCUUGACGCUUAUCCCUCUAAGUAUUUGGUUUUGUCAUGUUCCGCUGCUAAGAAAACGUCAGGAGAACCAUGUGUGGAGAAACGACCAUGUUCACCAUCUAUGUUUCCAUUUCCAAGGAUACGACAACGAGAAACGAGCGUCGAACCGCUACCGCCGGCGGCGCCAGCCGUAAUAGAACAACCUUGUCACCCAGUUGAAGAGAAACGUUUGCCUUGUCACGAAAGGGAGGAGUACACACCACGCGAGCCGUUUACACAACCCAGACCGCCAGACAUAACCAAAGAAAUUAUUGCAUAUCAGUGUAAUCGCAUACACAAUUUGGAGUUACAAGUGAACGAACUACGCCGCGAGCUACGCAGAAUGCGCACUGAAAUUAUACCGCCCGACGAUAUGUUGCGCUGCACCGAGCUCACCGCUAAACUUCGUGAACUCACGUCACUGCUUGCCGAUUUGAAGAAUCGUCAUGCGGAGGCGAUAUCAGAAGUUAUUAGGGGGCAAAAGCAAGCAAGCCAAGUUGAGAAAUGCGAAACAGCUACAGAGCCAACUGUGGUUACGCGCGCACCACAACCACCACGUCCACAAAAGAAGGCGGAGACAGUGCAAACUUGCUUCACUGUCGAUCACACCGAUAAGCUCUCACAAACCAAUGCCACUUUCGGCUGGCGCCCCUUCAUCGAUGAGGCCACACAAAGUUCGCCACCAUCAACCGUCCCUGUGACACCGAAGAAUACAUCAGGCGUGCCGGCAAGCAGCCACACCAGCUCGGCGUCAAGUUCUAUUCUACCCUGUGGGCAGGACACUGCUGAGAUACCGCUAAAGGAGUCACCCAGCUUUUGCCCCUACUGUCAGUGCAGCGAGUAUCCAUGUUGCACUUAUGUCGAGCGGAAUCUUUAUGGUGAAAUUAUGAGACUGCUUGAAGACCACGUGCCACGCGAUAUAUUGUUGUCGGUGCUGUUGCAACCGAACAAUCUCUAUCAUAUAAAUAUCACAGUGACUAGCAGCGGUGAGCCAUUGGGUUCUAUCUACGCCACGGAGCGCGCCAUCAAUGGGGCUGUCGAGGCGGAUGUCUUUGAAAGAUUUUUGACAUUCUUCAUAGUGGAUGCGCGUAUGUCGGUGCAGCAGAAGGAAAAAAUUCUGGCGCAUACUUUUGAAUUCUUCAAAAACUAG